ACCUCAUGGACUAUUGCACAUCUCUCUCUUGGAGUGAUCUUUGUUGGUCUCCACUCCUGGGGAGGGGAACAAUGGUCUUCAAUUUCCUCCAUUUCUACACAAUCUGUCUGACUGUAGAUCGGUGGAGUCCAAACUCUUUACAGAUGGUUUUGUAAACUUUUCCAGCCUGAUGAGCUUCAACAACUCUUUUUCUGAGGUCCUCAGAAAUCUCCUUUGUUCGUACCAUGAUACACCAUGUCUGUCUGUCUGUCUGAAUCGCCCCACUGACCCAUGACAGGCUUUGGUAAUGCAUAUUCAUGAAGCAUUUGACUUCUCUCAGAAGUGGGAUGUUGGAAUUUCGUCAUUUUCGACCCAUGCAUUCAAGCUGCAAAAUAGGAAAAAACAUGGACACCUCCAUGUUCAUCUAUUGUUAGUGACAAGCUAGUGAGCUAACUGUGAUGAGUGAUGUACACCAGUCAGCCAUAACAUUAAAAUUACUGACGUGUGAAGAGAAUAACGUUGAUUAUCUCAUUACAGUGGCAUCUGUCAAGGGGUGGGAUUUAUUAGGCAGCAGGUGAACAGUCAGUUCUCGAAGUUGAUGUGUUGGAAGCAGGAUAAAUGGGCAAGUGUAAGGAUCUGAGUGACUUUGACAAGGGCCAAAUUGUGAUGGUGGGACGACUGGGUCAGAGCAUCUCCAAAACAGCAGGUCUUGCAGGGUGUUCCCGGUAUGCAGUGGUUAGUACCUUCCAAAAGUGGUCUAAGAAAGGCCCCACCUGGCAACUUACAGGACUCGAAGGAUCUGCUGCUAACGUCUUGGUGCCAGAUAAGACAGCACACCUUCGGAGGUCUUGUGGAGUCCGUGACUCGAGCUCUUUUGCGGUACAAGGGGGACCUAUGCGAUAGUAGGCAGGUGGUUUUAAUGUUAUGGCUGAUCGGAGUAUAUCUACCUUCUCAAAGCAGUGAAUUGUAUAGUCAGUGUUCUAGAUUUAACAGGUGAAUGUCAGUAUGUUGAUUUAUCUCGUAAAGCAAAUACGUGCAUAUACAGAGUAACUGUAGGUAAAGGUAAGAAGUGCUGCCUUGUUUAAUGUUCAUGUUUUGAUCAGCUGUGUUGAUUUGAUGUCACUUGCUGCACUUGGGGUUUGGGAGACUGUUGAGUUCCCGAGUAGGAAUUCCGACUUUUCUUUGUGGUUUUUUUCCUCUUAGUUGUAGGACAUAGUCCUUAAUUAUGAGCUUUAGUGGAGUGCAGCAUUGUUAUCUCUUACAGUGUGUUUUGUAAACAGUAUACUCCAACAGCUAACAUCUAAUGUAGUUAGCAGCUAGCAUCUAAAUGGAAGUUUAGCCUUUACGGUGUUUGUGGGUGUAUGUGUUGUCUGUGGGUUUAACUAGUUUCUACACCUGUGUACUCACAGGUACUGGGGGAACAGUUGUACAGUGAGUAGAGAGGAUAGCCGCCCCCACCACGACGCCUUCAAAACCAUGCACAGCAAGAAUCGUAAGUACAGCAGUACCGCUCCGCAAGGGUACUCCGUCCGUUUCUGUCCCUUUGAAUGCAACCUCAAUUCACUUGCUGAUAUUUGCAAAUGCUAAUGUAAUUGCAUGAAUGAGCAUGUGUACAGGUGUUCCUAAUAAAGUGUGGAUUGUAUGUAUAUAGAUACAGCAUCUCCAAAAGUAUUGGAACUGCAAGGCCAAUCCUUUUGUUUUUGCUACACACUGAAGAUGUUUAGGUCUGAGCUCAAAAGAUGAAUAUGAGACGAUAGAUCAGAAUUUCAACUUUCAUUUCCUGAUAUUUACAUCUAGACGUGUUAAACGACUUAGAAACAUACGUUUUUUUAAAUCGCCCAUUUUUCGAUUGAUCAACAAUAUUGCAGCAUAUGAAUGACGGGUGUUUCUUGUUGCCCAGGUGUGCCCUGUUAAACUGAUUGUGUAAACAAUUAAUAGCUCUGAAUGUUACUCUUGGUUUGAGCUCUGGGUUUCGCCUGUGAAGACUGCAUUUGUUGUUAAAAGCAUAAACCUCCAUAAAGACCAGAGAGCUGUCUAUCGGAGAAAAUCGGGAGAUUUCCUAUUGGGGAAAAAAGAGAGAAAAAUCCAUCAGAGGCAUUGCACAGGCAUUGCGCAUAGGCAAUACAACAAAUUAGAACGUCCUGAAAAAGAAAGAAACCGCUGGUGUACUAACACCCAGGCAUGGAACGGGUCGGCCAAGAAAAACAACAGCAGUUGAUGACAGAAACAUUGUGAGAGCUGUGAAGAAAAUCCCCAAAAACAACAGUCAGUGACAUCACCAACAUCCUCCACAGGGAAGGGUGAAGCUCUCACAAUCCACCGUUCGAAGAAGACCUAGAGAGCAGAAAUAUAGAGACCGUACCACAAGAUACAAACCUCUCAUCAGCAGUAAGAAUCAGAAAGCCAGACUGGAAUUCACAAAGAUGAGCCACAAAAGUUCUGGAACCAAGAUGAACCUCGACCAAAGUGACAGAUAGGCCAAAGUAUGGAGAAAGAAAUGAUCUGCUCAUGAUCCAAAACAUCAUCGGUCAUGCUCAGUGGAGGUAGUGUCAUGGCUUGGGCUUGUAUGGCUGCUUCAUUGUGCAUCAAACACAAGAGAAUUACCGUUGCUGUUCCAGUACCUUUGGAUGGGGACUGUAUGUGUACAGAUGUUAUCUUACACAGAACAGAUAUUAUGUGUUCACCAUUUAGUACCAACCCCUCAUCCCUUUUUCCCACAUAGGUACCCACUUCUCGACUAUUCUUCAACCUUUUGUGCUUUUAAACAAUUUUACCCACAGCACAAUUUGUGUUACAUAAUAACAAACUAAUUAUUAAAAUAUAACAAUGCAUUUUAUUUCAUUACAUGGUUAUUGGUCAUAAAACGUUCUUGAAGAUUGUCGAAGAGUUUAACAACUCAAGGUAUGUAUGAAUAGGUGUGAAUCUUCCAUGCAUUUAAGGCCCAAGUCAUUCACUAAGUGGUUCAUUAGGUAAUAUUUCUUAAUAUGAUUAGAGAUCGGGUCUCUAACAGAGCUGAAUCAGAUUUAAACGUUUGUUUGUUUUUUCACUCGUUGAGCCCACUUCCCAUUCUCACCCAUGUACACACAGCUCCGCCCCCAAAAUUUAUAAUGGUUCAACUGGAGUUAGCACACUAAUUAGCAAGGACUGUCAUGAACGGUGAUUUUUUUGCCUACAGGAGAAUUACCUGUUUGUGCUAGGCGCAUGCUGGUUGUCGACUGAGAUGGGGGCGUUGGGAGUGUCUAUAAAACGAUUGUCAAGAGUCCUUCCAAACAUAAACAGCAUUCCAGACCGGAAGGCGGAUUUCCAAAUGGGUCUCCUCAACCACAUAGUGCAUUAGUGCUGAAGCCACGGCUUAAACCAGAGGAGACACGGUUCAGCAAGUGGUUCACGAGCCCCUCUGGUUCCCCUGAAGGCUAAGAUGUCUCUCAGUCAGAGUGAAGUAGAGCCUUUGCCAUUUCGUGUGCCUCGCGACUACCCGCACUCUCGCUUCAACAAAGCCCCACUCGCUGUCUACCCGCCCAAAGGAGCUCGAACAAAAGCCUGCGUGUCCUUACCCGUGGUGAGCCUGGAGAAGAUGCCCUGUUUCAGCCGCUCAGAGGGAGCACAAAUCAAAGUCAGCUCUACACCAUCCGCAGCUGGGUCGUCACUAUCUGUCCCCUCUUCAUCCUCCGCGUCUUUCUCACCAUCCUCCUCCUCCCUAAAGUCCACCCUUACAUCACCAGCAUCAUGCAGGAAUCAGGAAAAGCUUGUGAAUGGCCGGGGUAUCAUCACCCCGCGCUCCACCACACCCCCGUUGUUGACGGACAGGCGGCCAAGCCCGUCGCGGUCGUCUCCCUUGGACAAGCGGCUCACCGCGUCUCCGUCCUCACAGGACAGAAGACCUGCCACAUCUCCUUCUCCAUCUUCAGUCGACAGGAGACCUGGUGUCUCACCCUCUCCACCAGAACGGAAACAUCUGAAUGGAGCAAAGAGCAGCAGUCAUAGGAGAGUUUCAGGUCGGGUCUAUGAUCCGAAUAAGCACUGUGGAGUCAUGGAUCCAGAGAGCAAGCGGCCUUGCACUCGAUCUCUUACGUGCAAGACCCACUCUUUGACUCAUCGUCGUACAGUCCCAGGUCGGAAGAAGGACUUUGAUAUUCUUCUGGCUGAGCAUAAGGGCCGGGCUAAGGAGAAAGACGCAGGGCCAAAGAGGGAUGCAGCGAGUAGUCAGUCAGCUCAUCCGACCCAGCCACUCAGUGCUCCUUCCAGCACACCUUCAGGCUGUCACAACGGCAAGACCACUCCUACUCUCAAGCUGCGGCUGGCCAGCACACACUUACAGAGAGGCUCCGGUGGUGGGGGUGCAGUGGUGCUCUGUUCCACGUCUCUUCCUGCCAUUGAUCAAAUACCCAGCUGCCAGAGAUAUGGCGGAGAUGUCCAUGAAUCCAGCGAUGAGGCGGAAGCUGAGAUUGCUGAGGAACUGGAGAAAACUUCAUGUCAUUACUCCUCUUACCACCCACAACCCAUUAGUUGGUGUGCAUUCAGCAGCCGGUUGAUGGGCCAGGGCCACUACGUGUUUGACAGACACUGGGACAGGAUGAGGCUUGCGCUGCACUGCAUGGUGGAGAAGCAUGUCACUGCUCAGAUGUGGAGGAAAGUCCCUCUAGCGGCAGACAGCAUGCCUAGCAUGUCUGAUUCAUCAUCUCUGAGCAUGUCCCUUCUCCCUAGCCCGACUCCACCCCUUGACUCUAUUUCCACUGUGUCCUGCUCCACCCCUUUCUCCCAGAAUGGCACCAGAAUCUUCUGCCUUCAAGAAUCCAAACUGCAGCUGAAUAAAGCAGCCAAGUCAUUAAAAACCUCUGCAGAAGGGGUGUUGUUGAAAAAGCACAAGCCACUUCCAGUUGCUGAGAAAAGGAAUGGGAGUGGCUACCAUCUUUCAGGCCCUGUACACGUCAGCAACGGCACGGCGGCCCUGAGCAUGCGGUCCAAACCAAACCAGCCAGGGGGGAGUCAGGGACUGAGCAACAUGGACAGACACACCAGCAUCGAGCUAAACCUGCCCCAGGCGCCAAAGGGCAAUCAUGGGUCAGUUUUGUCCCCAAGCCUGCUGCCGUGCGGAUCCACGGAGGGACGCAAACGCAAAACCUCAGGCUCUGAGCGAGCUGGCAAAGUGACCAAGACAACGGCGCACAACGAAAUCUUCCGGAAGAGCAGCACUGCUUUACUGUCCUCGGCAGCCGAGGCGUCCCAUAGCGCCCUCUCCAGACUGUCCAAGGUGCAUGAGUGACACUGGCUGAGGUGGAUCAAGUAAAGCAGCUUUGCAGCAGUGACCUUUAACCCGCAACUCUUUUACACACGGUGUUGACCUUUAACCUGCCUUGGUCUGCAAGCAGCACCGUGACCCCACAUGGCCCCUGUGGAGCCCAUCGCACUGUGUGUGAGAGUGUGUGCCUGUGCACCCUGACUGUUUACUGACACCUGGCCCGCUGGCCUGUCUCCUGUGUUUAGGUACUGCAACUUGUAAUAGAACUGGUCAUCCAUAUAACCACAGUAACGAACUGCCAUUUCAUUCUGCUCACCUGUCCCAGAAUACAGACAUGUCUCCGAUGUUUGAGAAUCAGCGUGGCUUUUCGUACAUCACACAUCCCCAGCAAGUUUUCUUUUCUUUUCUUUCCACGGGUCUGGCAGUUUUCGAAAGCGGAACAGUAAAGACAAACCGGUCGGAUUUGAACGUGACGGUGUGUUGUAAGCGUGAGGCAGGCUCUGCAGACUUGCCCGGAUCUAAAGUGCACUUAGUGUCCUUCAUGCCUGGACUGCGCAACAGGCUGCAGAGGACAAGGAGAAAAAACAAACAGACAAACAAAAUAAAGCAUUUCACCAAGGGAAUAUUUUCUAGAUGCUUUUUAGCAAGCUGUAUUUUUUUAAAGAGGGUGAAUUCAGGUUUUUGAGUAUUUUGGAGUUCUUCUGUCACACGUGUCACUGAAGAAUACGACGUUCAGGACUCGAAUCCAAGUUGGAAAGCAAACUAGCAUAGUGUUAAAUUUUGUAUAAUAAUUUAUCCCACAUAUUAAUUUUCUUCACUUACAUGGCUUAUGGCAUUGCUCAAAGGUAUAUUUGUAUGCCAUUAUAAAAGUUUAAGUAUUAUUAUAAUAGAAACCUUACUGUUGGAAAUAUGAGUGCAUAUCUGUUUUGUUUGUUUUUAUAUAUAAAUAUUUAUUGUUAGUGUCUUUCAGAGUUUUGGACUCUAGAAGCUUCUGUCUUCCCUGAUCUUCACAUGGUUUAUAGAAAGAAAAAAAAUGCACUUUUUUUUUCAAUUGGAAUGAGAUCGAGGAAAAAGGCUUUUCAACGACAGAGAUAGUCGCGAGCGAAAUGCUAGCCUUUAGAAGCAGAGAGAAGAAUCCCAGCUGCUUAAGCUAAGCGAGCUUUUUUCUAACCUUUUUACGUAAUGUUUUGAGUGAACUGCUGCGUAGCUGUGAAGUCGGACCUAGUAGUUACAGUUACACUCAGUGGGAUUUUUCCCCUCUUUUGGUCCAUAGAGCUUUUCAAACUGUAUACGUGUAGAAUGCCAUCUCUUUGCAUUUUCCAAUUCAUAAAGGAAUUUAAUUUGAUUGUUUUUUCACCGUGACCGAUCUGUUUAAUGUGUAUAUUGUUGUUGUUAUUAUUAUUAUUAUUAUUAUUAUUAUUAUGUUCUAAACCUGUACUGGGUGUAGCGUUGAGAUUAGGAUUUAAGAUUCGACGUCACUGUAAACUCGCCCUUACUGUCACACACGAGUUUCAGCUUUGUUUUUCUCCACUGAGUCACAGAGAGAGUCUUUUUUUUUAAUAAUGUUAUUGAUCUCGUGAAGACAGAACUCUGACAAUUUGUAAAGAUCCCCUUUUUUGCACUUUUGUGUUUGAACAGGAAUUUAAUAUGAUUCUAUUUAUAAAGGUAUAAUGAGGCAUAUAACGAGGAAAAGGCAAAGAUAUCUGUACAGUUUUGUCAUUAACAGCUAAAACUGUGUGAUCCCCGAUGCCAUAGCGCAGUACCCGUGUGCUGUGCGGGUGUAUAACUCGCCGUGUAUGUGUCGUUAUUACCGUAUUGCCUUGCUGCUAUGCAAAAUUGGCUGUAGGUCAACUGCCAGAGCUAAACCCCUACCCCCAAACAGCUCUUUACCUUCCAGGUGAUCGUGUACAGUGCUUCCGCAAAGUACUCAGGAGUUGGUUUGCUAAUGUCCAGGCGAACGAGAUUUCGCACAGCACACAGAAUCCUGUAGAUCGUCUUUCACAUUUGUGGAUGAGAGAACUGGUGAGGUGAACAAAAAGCACCCUGGACGUUGCUUCGUGUUUUUUAGUGCCCUGUCUCUGUCGGGCGUUGCAAUGACCAGUGCAGUCACUGCUACAGGCACAUGAGAGCAUUUUAUAGUCAUUAAAUAGAAAUCAGAAGUGAUUAAUGAUCGAAUGACUCACAUCAGCACACCAGGACACCCAACCCCCCCCCCUCUCUUCUCUAAAAUCCUCUCUUUUAAAGGAUGCCUGGGCUUUAACCGUUACUAGCGCUUUUAAUAAAAUAUCAAGGACAUUCCAUGACCUGCUGUAAUUGACACACAUUUCCAGCAAGCAUGUUGUUCCCACCUUUCCUCCUUCUCCUCCACUUCUUUUUCUUCUUCUUCUUAGGCAUGACAUGCCAUGCACUACCUCGUUCACACCGAACUCCAAAUUUGCAACAUCCCCUCUCAAACAUGUGCAACACAAUAAAAUGUAAGUUCCAACUCUCAAACAUCUGGAAUCGCAGUGCAUGCAGUGGUCACUGCUCACACCCGCAAAGACAGGGACCUCACAUUUUUCUUUCCCUAAGUGAUUUUGACAGAAUUUGCUGUCAGGAUUAAAACACGUGAAAGCAACGCAGUCAGAAAAUACAUUUGAACUCACCCUGCGUAUUUACAUCGAACACUGAGAUCUACAGCGCCAUGUAGUAAUACAUUCGGAUUGAUAGAUUUUCAUGGUUUAAAUGCGGAUUCUAUUAAAACAUGUCGAUUAAUAGUGGGUUUUACUGGCUAUAAAACAGGCGCAUCAUGCUUUCGUUCCACUCUUCCUGACCUGAAGCUGUAUUGUUUUGAAUGCUCAGUACUGUGCCUCGCAGUGUCUGCUGUCAGAGUUCCUUCUAAGUUUCUUCAAACGAAUAUGUCAUUUUAUUCAUCAGAAUGUAAUAUCUUCAUGACUUACUGAAUAAUAGUAGACGACCUUUGCCCAGUUUCACAGAACACACACACACACACACACACACGCACACAAUUCUGGUGAAGUAGAAAGAAGGAAAUCUCUGAAUAAUGUAAACUGCAGCUAUGUUUAUUGUGUCUCUUUCUGAUCCUGAGAUUCCCCAAACGCAUCCACGCCGAAGCUGAUGAAGGCUGUAUGUUUGAGCGAGAGUCAGUCUGACCACUUUGUUUAAACGGAAGGUGAUCUCAACACUGUGAUGCUGUUGGGAAGCUGGGCCCUGACCUGUUGCUUACUUCUACUGAUACAGUACAUACGCUCUUGCACAUGUGUGCAUAUGACUACUUUGCUUAUAUUUGUGAAUGUCAAUAGCAAGAAAAGACAAACUUUUUUUUUUUUUUUUUUUAAAUAAAAGGAAACAACAAUUUGAUACUUAAAGACCUUCUUCUUGCCCUGUUGGCCUGUGCGUUCUCAACAAUGAGAGAGAUGUGUAUUUUCAGGUUUGACAAUGUUUUGCAUUUCAAGUGUAACAUAAAUAGUUUUUAUCUACUUUGAGUCAGUUGUCAUUUCUUGAUCAGACAUUGUGAUUGCUGUGUACAUGUAGAAGGUCUUCAUAAAAAUAAGCAGUAAGAGUAAUGCUAGCAUGAGGCUUCUCUCAGCUCACUUUCUUCAUUGAGAAAACCCGUAACCUUUUGCUCUUAGUGGGAAAUUCCCAGCAGCCUCCUCACCGAAAUCACCACAAACACAAAGUUUCCAGAGAAACAGGAUGUUUCAGUGCAAAGUGUGUGUGUGUGUGUUGUGUGUGUGUGUGUGUGUGUGUGUGUGUGUGGCUGCACAGUGGUGUCGCAGGUGGCUUUGCAGCCUCACUGCUUCAGGGUUCCAGGUUUCAUCUUGCGCUGGGGUUAGUGUAUGAACGUGUGCCUUGCAGUGGAACAGCGUCCCAGCUGGGGUAUACUCCCAUGUCAUGGCCUGCGUUCAAGAAAGACUCCAGAUCAAGAUAAAGCUCUUACUGAAAGUGAGUGUGUAUAUAUAGAUAUUCUUCUGGCACACAUAACAAAUUAUUAUGUUGGCAUGGAGGUGGUGUCUAUCGAAUCGUGAUCCUUGAAGAACUUUUUGCCUCGUC